AUGAUGUUGACUUUAUUGAUUUCCGGUCCUAAACAGCCGGGAAAUGAUAUAGACGUCUACUUGGAGCCUUUGAUUGAUGAUUUAAAAUCUUUGUGGGAUGGGAUUGGAGGAGUGUAUGAUGCACAUAAUGGAGAAUACUUUACACUCAGAGCUGCAUUAAUGUGGACAAUUAAUGAUUUCCCCGCCUAUGGAAACUUAUCUGGUUGUGUUGUUAAAGGAUAUAAAGCUUGUCCAAUAUGCGGCGAUGAUACACCUAGUCACAGGUUGAAAAAUGGCCACAAAAUUUGUUACAUUGGGCAUAGAAAAUGGUUACCGAUCAAUCAUCCAUAUAGGAGGCAACGUGCAGCUUUUAAUGGGAAACCUGAAUAUGGCACGCCUCCUGAGCCAUUAACCGGAGAAGAAGUGCUGCAUAUGGUUGAAGAUGGUGAUAGAGUUUGUUGGAAGAAGAAAUCAAUAUUCUUUGAUCUCGAGUAUUGGAAAUACCUUCCUGUGAGGCAUGUCCUAGAUGUUAUGCACAUUGAGAAGAAUGUUUGCGAUAGUAUCAUUGGUACAUUGCUGGAGAUCCCUGGAAAAAAUAAAGAUGGGAUUGCUGCUCGAUUAGAUUUAUUGAACAUGGGGGUCAAAACUGAUUUGCAACCCGAGUAUGGAGAAAGACGUACUCGUUUGCCUCCCGGGCCUUGGAAUUUGUCAAGAGCAGAGAAGAGAGAGGUUUGCAAUUCUUUCUAUGGUAUGAAGGUCCCUGAAGGUUAUUCUUCAAAUAUAAAAAAUCUUGUAUCUUUACAAGAUUCAAGACUUCUUGGCCUUAAAUCACAUAAUUGUCAUACCUUAAUGCAACAAUUGCUCCCUGUGGCAAUUCGUUCUGUUUUGGAGAAGCCUGCAAGGUAUGCAAUAACUCGUUUGUGCUUCUUCUUCAAUGCUAUAUGUGCAAAGACUGUUGAUGUUUCCAAGCUAGAUAAGUUGGAAGAAGAUGUAGUAGUUACUUUGUGUUUGCUUGAGAAGUACUUUCCCCCUUCAUUCUUUGAUAUCAUGGUUCAUCUAGUAGUACAUCUUGUCAGAGAAGUUCGUCUGUGUGGGCCAGUAUAUUUUAGAUGGAUGUAUCCGUUUGAAAGAUAUAAGAAAGUGCUAAAGGGGUAUGUUCAGAAUCGUACUCGUCCCGAAGGUUGCAUUGCUGAGCGGUAUAUAGCUGAAGAAGCUGUAGAGUUUUGUACCGAGCAUUUAUCUGAUGUUAGUACAGUUGGAGUGCCUUCAAGCCAAAAGAUGGGAGUUUCAAAGCCAUUAUCAGGUUGCACAGUGAGCGUAGUUGAUCGGGACCUGUUGAACCAAGCACAUCUAUAUGUCUUGGAGAAUACGGAGGAAGUCCUACCUUAUAUCGAGCAACAUAUGAUCCACAUCCAGACCGCUUAUCCAAAAUUUAGAAAGAGAACAAAGUGGCUGCAGGAUAAGCACAAUAGCACUUUCAUUCAAUGGCUACGCUUCAAGGUUCAAAGUGAACUUAAUGAGGACAAUCAUGGCGUAUCAGAAAAUUUAAGGUGGCUAGCAGCUGGUCCAAACAUGGCAGUGCCAUUAUAUAGGAGCUAUCUCAUUAAAGGUAUUAAAUUCAACAUCAAGGCACAAGAUGAUGUGCGGACAACUCAAAAUAGUGGAGUUUAUUUACUUGCACAUACUAUGCAAGUUGCUAGUGCCAAGGAUAAAAACCCAAUUCUCUCAAAUAUGGGUUUCUAUGGUGUCAUUCAAGAAAUUUGGGACCUUGACUACCAAAAGUUUACAAUCCCAGUCUUUAGGUGUGAUUGGAUUGAUAAUACUUCUGGUCUUGUAGUGGACGAACUUGGAUUUACCCUUGUAGAUUUGAGUAAAAUUGGACAUAGGAAUGACCAAUUUGUUUUGGCUUCUCAAGUCAAACAAGUAUUUUUUGUUGACGACCCGAUGCAUCGUGGUUGGUCGGUAGUGUUAUCAAUGCCUAAUAGAGAAUAUAAUGAUGUUAUUGGUGAUGAUGUCUUAGGUGAUGUGAGAAUUGAGUGUGAGCCAUUUACUGGGGGGAUGCCAAAUGUUGACACAUUUGAUGAAGUGGUGGUUGAGUUAGGGAGUCAAAAUAUUCGAGAUGGGUGUGAAGAUAUAUGGGUUGAAUGA